GUGGCUGCACUGGGUGUCCACUGUCCCUGCGGGCAGGCUGAAGGCGAGCGUGCUGCAGAGCAGGGUGAGGACUAGAUCAUGAGGGGGACACGGCUGGUGCUACUGAUGCUGGUGCUGGCGACCUGCGGCCACAAGCUCGCGGAGGCCCUGCGAUGCUACACCUGUCAUGAGCCUACUAGUGUGUCCAGCUGUGUUGCCGUCGCUACCUGCAAUGCCAACGAGACCAUGUGCAAGACCACCCUCUACUCCCUGGAGAUAGGUGAGGCCUUCAAAUGCUUCACAUGCGAGCAGCCCACAACCAUUUCGUUGUGUAAAAACAUCACUCGCUGCAAGCCGGAGGCCACGGCCUGCCAGACGGUGCUGGUGCAGGUGGAGUCGGAGUACCCCUUCAAUCAGAGCCCCAAGGUGACCCGUUCCUGCGCCAGCUCCUGCAUAGCCACCGACCCCGACAGCAUGGGAAUUGCCCACCCCGUCUACUGCUGCUUCUAUGACUUGUGCAACUCCAUGCAGAGCACCAGGCUGGGGGCCAGCCGCCGGGGGCCAGCCGCCGGGGGCCCUGCUCCUCGGCCGCCUCCUUCCCUGAAGGGCCCAGCGCCACCGGAGAUCGCCUCUACCCACGUGCUUCCUUGA